CGGCCUACCACCUUCCUCCUGGACCUCCACCCAUAUCACCUCCACCGUGGUGACCACCAGGUCCGCCUCCCAUACCUCCACCUCCAUGGUGGCCACCAGGACCUCCACCCAUGCCUCCUCCAAAACCACCCUGCUGUCCACCGGGCCCGCCAAAUCCUCCCUGUCCGCCAGGACCGCCAAAUCCUCCACCUCCGUGGUGUUGCUGGCCGCCAAAGCCACCAGGCCCACCCAUCCCACCUUCCAUGCCGCCGUGAUGGUUACCUUCGCCCAUGCCACCGCUCAUGCUUGGCCCGUUGUUCAUGCCGCCGCCGAAGCCGCUUUGCUGAAACUGCUGAGGCUGUUGCUGGUAUCCGCCCUGCUGGGCGACUUUGUUGGUUCGAGGUAUGUGUGUGAUUGCCCGGGAUGUAGACCGAAAGUGAUUCGAAAGGUUAUUUGGAGUUUGAAGAUGCUUGUGAUGAUAUCCAGCAAGCUAGACGAGGUUGUGGAUCACAUAUAUACUUACAGAGAUCUCUCACUCAUGCGUCACUGCUCCGAAGUCAUCUAUGACUUGUCUGCCGCGUCACCUACUAGACUCGGCGCAACUCUAAACACUGCGAAGCAAGAUGAAAAGCAUUUCUUGCUGUGGACCUUACGCGGCAUGACGAUGCAUUCGUUGAUUUUACGCCACACCACGCGGCUGCGACCCACUUGGUUCGGUCCAAGCGGACACGAGGCACGGUGGCUGGUUCAGCCCUGCUUUGCUUGAGGAAUGAUUUCGUGACGUCUGCAUCAAGCCUCUUAAUUGCUGUCGGUGAUGCGCAUCACCA